AUGUGUAUAGCGUACACGUGCCGUGUUUGUGGCAGUCGAUCAACAAAAACUUUUUCCAAAGUCUCCUACGAAAAAGGAGUUGUCAUUGUGCGGUGUCCUGGCUGUAAAAAUCUACAUUUAAUUGCAGAUAAUCUUGGCUAUUUCAAAGAUGUUGGUAAAACGAAUGUUGAAGAGAUUUUGGCUGCCAGAGGAGAGAAAGUUGAGAAUUCAUAUCUAUCUAUCGCCUCAUUUAGUUCAUAUCUAUCUAUUGCCUCAUUUAGUUCACAUCUAUCUAUCGCCUCAUUUAGUUCAUAUCUAUCUAUCUAUCUAUCUAUCUAUCUAUCUAUCUAUCUAUCUAUCUAUCUAUCGCCUCAUUUAGUUCACAUCUAUCUAUCUAUCGUCUCAUUUACUGCAUAUCUAUCUAUCUGCAUAUCUAUCUAUCUAUCUAUCUAUCUAUCUAUCGCCUCAUUUAGUGCAUAUCUAUCUAUCGCCUCAUUUAGUGCAUAUCUAUCUGUCGUCUCAUUUAGUUCAUAUCUAUCUAUCUGUCUAUCGCCUCAUUUAGUUCAUAUCUAUCUAUCUAUCUAUCUAUCUAUCUAUCUAUCUAUCUAUCUAUGGCGAAAAUUGACUUGGAAACCAUAG